UUGCGUUGCGCUUGUACUAGCAGCAGCAAUGGCAGCGUUUGGUGAAAUGGGGGUAAUGCCUGAAAUCGCGCAGGCUGUGGAAGAGAUGGACUGGCUGUUGCCUACUGACAUCCAGGCGGAGUCCAUCCCCCUCAUCCUUGGUGGAGGAGAUGUGCUCAUGGCUGCGGAAACUGGCAGUGGCAAAACAGGAGCCUUCAGUAUCCCUGUGAUCCAGAUUGUGUACGAGACCUUGAAGGAUCAGCAGGAGGGCAAAAAGGGCAGAGCCUCUAUCAAAACUGGAGGAGCCAUUUUCAACAGCUGGCAGAUGAAUCCUUAUGAUCGCAGUACAGCCUUCGCAAUUGGGUCAGAUGGACUGUGCUGCCAGAGCAGGGAGUUCAAAGAGUGGCAUGGCUGUCGCUCCACUAAAGGUGUCACCAAAGGGAAGUACUACUAUGAGGUGACCUGCCAUGACCAGGGCCUGUGCCGGGUGGGUUGGUCUACCAGUCAGGCGGCUCUGGACCUGGGAACUGAUAAAUAUGGGUUUGGUUUUGGUGGGACUGGAAAGAAAUCCAACAACAAGCAGUUUGACAGCUAUGGGGAGGAGUUUACCAUGCAUGACACUAUUGGAUGCUACCUGGAUCUAGAAAAGAGCCAAAUUUCAUUCUCUAAAAAUGGUAACGACCUGGGUGUGGCUUUUGAAAUCCCUCAAAAUCUGAAGAAUCAAGCUUUCUUUGCUUCCUGUGUGCUCAAGAAUGCAGAGCUAAAGUUUAACUUAGGAGGAGAAGAUUUUAAACAUCCCCCUAAGAGUGGAUUUGUUGCCCUAGACCAGGCACCAGAGGGUCAUGCUGUCAAAUCUUCUCAGACAGGCAGUGCCAACGUGAGUCAGGUGAAAACAUCCUCAAAUGCACCCAAAGCCCUGAUCAUUGAGCCAUCUAAAGAACUGGCUGAACAAACCCUCAACAAUGUCACGCAGUUUAAGAAAUACGUGGAUAAUCCCAAACUCAGGGAGCUGCUGGUGAUUGGUGGUGUGGCUGCCAAAGACCAGCUGGCUGCUCUGGAACAGGGGAUUGACAUUGUGGUGGGAACACCUGGUAGAUUGGAUGACCUCAUUUCCACUGGGAAACUGAGUUUGUCCGAAGUCCGCUUUCUGGUGCUGGAUGAGUGUGAUGGCCUCCUGUCAGCAGGUUAUACGGACUUCAUCAAUAGGAUCCAUAAUCAAAUCCCCCAGGUCACCUCUGAUGGCAAGAGACUGCAGGUCAUUGUAUGCUCAGCGACACUGCAUUCAUUCGAUGUGAAGAAGUUAUCCGAGCGCAUCAUGCACUUUCCCACCUGGGUGGAUCUGAAGGGGGAGGACUCUGUUCCGGAGACUGUCCACCACGUAGUGGUGCCCGUCAAUCCUAAGAGCGACCAUCUGUGGGAGCGCCUCGGCAAGAACCACAUCCGGACUGAUGAAGUUCAUUCAAAUGAUAACACCAGACCAGGAGCCAAUACUGCAGAAAUGUGGUCAGAGGCCAUCAAGAUCCUGAAGGGCGAGUACACGGUGAGAGCCAUUAAAGAACACAAAAUGGACCAGGCUAUAAUCUUCUGUCGUACCAAAAUUGACUGUGACAACAUGGAGUUGUACUUCAUUCAGCAAGGAGGAGGUCCAAACAGCAAAGGUCACCAGUUAUCCUGUGUUUGCCUCCAUGGCGAUCGUAAGCCUAAUGAGCGGAAAAAUAACCUGGAGCGCUUCAAGAGAAAAGAAGUGAGGCUGUUGAUCUGCACUGAUGUAGCUGCCAGAGGAAUUGACAUCCACGGAGUUCCUUAUGUGAUUAACGUGACUCUGCCAGAUGAGAAGCAGAACUAUGUCCAUCGUAUCGGCAGAGUGGGAAGAGCUGAAAGAAUGGGAUUGGCUAUCUCCUUAGUUGCUAUGGAGAAAGAGAAGGUGUGGUACCAUGUUUGCCCGAACCGAGGCAGAGGUUGCUACAACACACGACUGAGGGAGGAUGGAGGAUGCACCAUCUGGUAUAAUGAAAAAGAGCUCCUAUCAGAAAUCGAGGAACAUUUAAAGUGCACCAUCACCCAGUGUGAGCCAGACAUCAAAGUACCCGUGGAUGAGUUUGAUGGAAAGGUGUCCUAUGGGCAGCGCAGAGCACUGGGAGGUGGUAACUACAAGGGUCACGUAGAUGUUCUGGCCCCAACCGUCCAGGAGCUGGCAAGCCUGGAGAGAGAAGCCCAAACAUCCUUUCUUCACCUGGGUUAUAUGCCCAACCAGCUAUUCAGAGCUUUCUGAACCUAACUCCAGCUAGCAGAAUAGCACUACAUGCUAAUCAUAUACAAUGGAGAAACAAAAACAAAACUGAUUUUUAAUUUACGUGAGUUAUAAACUAAAAGGUGUCGGGAUUUCCAGAAUUUCAGCAUUGAAUGGCAAAGGUCUAUUUUUUGUUUUGCAUUUAGCGCCAAGGCCUGUUGCGACGGCUGGCACAAUGAUUUCGAUGUCAUUUCCUGCUACACUUGAACUGAAAACGUUCUAUACUGUAUACUUAAUUCUGAUUGGUUGGUUUGGUUUAUAUGGCUGAGUGAAUCAUUUAAGACAUUUAUAUAGUAAAACUUCACUGAAAGUGACUUUGUUUUCUUUUCUCGAUUAAACUUGAGUGGGAUUCUCA